ACACUUUUCCUGCAACGAUACAUAAAUCAAUAAGUGUUGAUUCCAAUGAGCCGACCCCAAAACAGACGUGGUCCUGCGAAACCAAAAAACGAAAAACCGAAGAAAAAGGCCAAAGAUCCUGAAACAUUUGACGAUUUCCUUACAGAGGGAAUCGCGUUUGAGGAACAAGGUGAACGAUAUCGAGAAGGUGACCGUGCGCAGCGCAAUUAUGAGCGAGCAGCAACUAUGUACGGCAAAGCUCAUUCCUUGAACGAUCAAGACGCGGACUGUCUUUACAACUGGGGACGCGUGCUGUAUAUCCUGGUUGGAUUCUAUCCUGCUCAUACAGUACCCGAGGAAAAACUAAAGACGUUGGACGAGGCGAUUGAAAAGUUUCGACGUGCAUUAACGCUGGAUGGUAACAAGACAGAUGCUCAGUAUAAUCUUGCACAAGCUUUACAUCUGCGCUCGGAAAUCCUGCAAGACACGACCGAGAUAGAUAAUCAGUACAUGCAAUCGGCUAUGGCGUUGCAGGAAGCAAUUUCGCUAUUCGAGGCUGUUUACAGCCUUCAGGAAAAGGAUUUUGACGAUCAAAAUAACGCCGGCGAAGCACAAACCGAAGAACACAAUGAGGCACACCACGACCACGUAUACCACGACGACCAUAAGCAUGAUGACAAACAAGAUAAAGUAGCGACGCAACCUGAUGAAUUUGCAACAGUGACCGAAGUUGAGCCUACUACCGCUUAUUCCCUGAUUGAGACACUAGUAUCCAUGUCCGAUACAAUGACAACCAUGGCAGCCAUGCUUGCAUCAUACCAGUCGUCCAUCGACUUGUUCAGCAAAUCGCGUUCCAAGCUUGGUAUUGCCGAGAAGUGGCUCGCAGGCACAUCGGAAGACGACAAGGAGCACAAGCAAGCACGCAUCCAAAUCAACCUAAAAGAAGCCCAGAACUUUUCAGCACAAGCAGAACGAUCGUUUUUGGCAUCAAAACGCGUCGACCAUGAUCUAUUCCAACAAGCCAUCGGUCGACUAGACGAGGUCAUUCAACAGCUCGAUCCUCGACACGUUGAAACCAUGUGUGAUCGAGGAGAUGUGCUCGGGUCUUAUGCCGAAUUAAUAACAAAAGAAGAAGGCGGGAAGCCAACUGCAGAUGUAUGGCAUAACUACGCACAAGCGGACAAGUCUUUAAAAGCGGCACUGCAGAUCGAAAGCAAGAACUUGAGUAUAUUAAACAAGCUUGGCGACUUGAGUAUAGCUCGGGCACGACUUGAUCUUCCGGUGGCCCAGCGGAACAAGGCGCAGUUAUUAAAAAACGCCGAGUUCUAUUUCAAGCAAGCAGUGGACACGGAUCGUCAAGUGCUAACAAGCGGGUAUAUUGGAUGGGCGUACAGCGCAUGGGCACUUGAGGAAUGGGCACAAGUUGCUGACAAGAAGAAGGCUGCAGCAAAGAUCAUAACUUUGUGGCUUGGACGAGGAGGCUCUGCUGAAAUGUUUGGAGAUAUUACUGAAGACACUGAAACAGUAGAUUCCAAGUUCAUCGAAUGGGUCAACGAGGAGUUCUUUGAAGAAGAGGAGGGUAGCAGCGAGGAAGAGUAA